AUGCAUACUGGUCAAAUUAUAUCGGCCUUUGCCUUUAAAAUUCAAAUAUGCGAUCAAAUAGGGCGAAGAAAUGAAUUAUCUUAUGAGCAGCGACGAUUGUGGGAAAUAAAUCGACUUAUAAAAAUUGGCAAAAGUGAACAAAUUAAAUUUAUUGAACGGGCUCCUGUGAAUACAAAUGUGACGCUGGUGAUAGGAAUUUCAUUUAUCGAACAUUUAAGUAUGAUUAGUCAAGCUGGAUUUUUGAAUAAAAAUGACUCGAUACCGAAAAUUAUGCAGGAUACGGGAGUUUUAAUUCACUUUCCUGAUGUAACGAAUGCCGUUGAUGGUAUCAAACUGAUAGGGUCGAUUCGGAAUGUUGAACUUGCAAGAUUGCGAAUUCGAGCGAUGCCAAUGUGUUUUAUUCGAGGCUCUUUAUUGUAUGAAAGUGAAAUUUGUGAUGCAUGUGAGGCACUUUGCAAAUUACUUUUUGACGAAAAUGCUAGCAGUAAUGUGUUAUUUUCGACUUCGAUGGAUAUUCCUUCAGCUCAACAACUAACAGUUACCGGUUACCCUAAUAAUUCACUUAUAAAGUAUAUAUGCAGUAAGACAAACACUUUAAUUUCUUUUCCAGUGUUCAGUGGUGGCAAUUCUAGUGCUAAAAUGUUUUACUUUUGCGGAUCAGCAAAAUCAGUGCUACUUGCUCGUAAAUACUUACAGGGUUUGACGCAUGUACAGCUCAGUUUUGAUGUGGAACAUGAAGAUUUGCGUGAUGCACCUCUUAAAAAUCGUAAUAUUACGAAAAGAAAUGAGGAAAUGGAUGUUAACAUAACAAUAACGAGAAGUCGUUUAGAAGGAAGACGUUUAUUCAACCGAGAUACCUUGAGGCAUUUUGUUACAAUCGAAUCUGGUGAAUACAAUCUGAAUAAAGUAUAUGCAACUCAUCGGAGGUUAAUUAGUCGUGUUGAUAAAGUUGAUGUUGCUACUGGCGAUUAUGAUUUUUUUGACGAUUCUUUUAAGCAGCUGAUUGCUGUAAGUAAUUCAGCCAUUGCUAAGGCCAUGGAUCCUUUGAAAAUAACCGACAGUAUUCCAUUUGUGCAUUCCCGUAAUCGUGGAGUAUCUGAAAUUACUUCUGAUCCGUCAGAUGCUUCUACUUCUGUAUUUUUUCGUUAUGAUCAAGGAAUGAUCACAUAUUUUCCUGUGUUAACUCAACAAACCAGUUUAAAAGAAAAAAACGAUAAUUAUCGAUUCAUUUCGCCACCAAUCGCAAAUUCCAUUAACUUGGAAAUAAAUGCAACACAAAAUAGUUUACCGAAGACUAAUAGCUGA